AUGUGCCUUUUAGAACUUGAAAAACUGAAACUUCAUGCAGAAUCUGUUGGCGACCUCAAAGAGUUUGCCGAUUGCUGUAAUUCGCUUGGAGCACUUUAUGCGGAAAACGGUGAAUAUGAAGAAGCCCUUGAUGAACACAGGGCUGAAUUAACUGCAGCAGAGGCCUGUGGUAACCAAGUAGCAGUGGCGUUGGCUCAUCGACGGAUUGGCGAAUGUUUGAUGAACAUGGGUGAAUUCGAGAACGCAGAGCUGAACGUUUCUGAUUACUUGGCUCUUUCACAGUCUCUGGACGACGAAUACAACACGCAGCUGGCUUAUCACGUUUUGGGUCUUGUUCAUCUAAAAUGGGCUGAGCUGAUUGGCGACGGAGAACCGUUUGAUUCAAAUCGAACGUCGCACCUGAUGCAGUCUCACGAAUUCUUCAGAAAAUCAUACGUAAUGUGCAAAGCGGCGAAAGAUCAACGUGGAAUCAAGGACAGGACUUCUGCGGUGCUUUUAAACCUUGGAAUGGUUAAGAGUUUGUUGAAGAACUACGGAGACUCGUUUGACGCGCUCAAGGAGGCUAUGAAAUUAGCUGUUGAAAGCAGCAACAGCGACCUGCUGCAGAGGUGCUACUAUGAACUGUCCGUUGUAUGCUAUCAACGUCAUGACCUCGCUGCUGCAGAGGCCUAUUGCAGGGAACUGUUGACGAUCGCUGUCAAGCGCCAUUCGAAAGAAGAGCAAGUAGACGCCUACUUGAAUUUGUUUCACGUGUAUAUUGAGCAGGAAAACAUAAAGAAGGCUCUGGACAUCAUCCAGAGAGCUAAGCGUCUCAAAUGCACGUCGCAUGUCGAGUGGAGCCAAGUUAUCUCAUAUAAAAAGUCAGCGAAAAAAAUGCAACAGAGCAUUGAACAGCUCAAAGAAAUUGCAGCUGCAAAUGAACCAGUUAACAGAAUGAAGCUCUUCGAGAAGAUAGCUGAUCUGUUAGCCGAAUCCUUGAGUACCAACUGCAUGAAGCAUUUGGAAUUGGCACUAAAAUAUUACGAAAAAAUGGUAAUCCAUCAAUUCGUCAUUCAUUCGUUUACAUUGAGUCUGAUCGCUAGUUGA